AUGGUUGCUUUUGUCAACGCAGGAGGACAUUUCACAGGUGUCUCAGCUACCCCACUCCAAGAGAGAUUUGGCGUCAGGACUGUGGUGACAGUGAGUGGAUUAGUUGCUGGUGUCUCCAUGAUAACUGCGUCAUUCCUGUCCAGUUUAUACACAAUCACCUUCAUCCUUACCGUAUUUGCAGGAUUACUUUAUGACCUUGCUGGAGACUACAUCGUGGCUUUCAGUCUAAUGGCUGGUGUACAAUCACUGACUGUUGUUGCUGCACUGGGUUUGAGCUGGAGGCAGAAACACCAUCCCAGUUCGUCUGAAGCAUCCAAAUAAGGAACAUGAUCUCUUCCAACACCCAUAUUAGAACCGGAGAGUAAACAGUUAUUGCUUCUUUAAUUUUGAGGCUCUUGAAACAGUUUUAGUAAAGACACUGCCGUCGAUUUCACAAACUCUUCCUAAGACUGAUCUUAGGACUUAGGACGAGUCCCAGCCCUUUACUGUAGCAUGCAGACCUUAAGAAUAAUCCUAUGUUAGGACGAGAGUUACUCGUCCUAACUCGAGAUAAGACGAGUCCCAACUCU